AUGCCUCGUAUUCCUCCGCCGCUGAGAAGUCUUAUGAUGAUUCGUCGACGUGGCAAACUUGUGCGCUCGCGACGUGGAUCGGCAGCAUUGAUCAGCUCUCAUCAGCAUUUUAGAAGCAUCUGCAGCACUUUUCAGCGCACAUUUGCUGCAUCCAACAGUAUUCACAUUGAGAAGGAGGUUGUAGUCAACAAGUGGCGUAAAGUAGCGGCUGUCGGCACCGCUAUGGGGGUUUUCGUGCUUGCCAGUUUGUCAAUGGAGCAGGAAUCAAGUGCCGCCAUGGAAAACGCUAAUGUGUAUAAAAUUAGACGCGGAGGCAAUAUUCACGACGAGUACAAGAUAUUGGACGAGAUUGUGGGUGAAGGAGGCUAUUGUGUUGUACAGAAAGGCAUUGACAAACGAACUGGCGAGCUGGUUGCUGUCAAGAUGUUGAGCAAAAGCGCGACUUCUGCUCGAGAAUUCUGGAGCGAGGUAGACGUGCUUCGUGUGGCUGGGCAGCACCCGAAUAUCUUGCAGCUACGGGGUACCUUUGAGACGGAAUGCUGCUGGUUUAUUGUUCAGGAACUAGCGCAGGGUGGCGAAUUAUUUGACCAUUUAGUCGCUACUGGAGCAUACUCAGAGCAACAGGCAAGUAAUACGAUUCGACAAUUGUGUGAUGCAUUGCAAUACUUGCAUCGCAAAGGAAUUGUGCAUGGGGAUAUCAAGCCCGAAAACGUUUUGUUACACAACGGCCGCAUGUGUCUCGUAGAUUUUGGCGUAUCAUUUCGAAUGGGUGAGCGGUUUUUCUAUGAUUCUCAUUUGAUGGGAACGGUAGCAUAUGCAGCACCAGAGACUCUGGAGCAUGGCGCUUUAAUCCAUAAAAUAAAGACUAAGGAAAAAGCCCGAGCUAAUGGCGAGAUUGUCCAGUCAAUCGAUGAUGAGGAGGAUUACGAAGCGCAAGCCGGUCCUGAUGCUAUCAAAUUUGGACCAAAAGCUGACAUGUUUGCGCUGGGGAUAGUGUUGUACAUUUUGUUGUGUGGUUCACAUCCAUUUGACACAUAUAACAAUCUAUCAGACGAAGAGAUCCGAAAAAGGAUAUUAAAGGGCAAAUUUUGUACCCAGUCCCGUGCUUGGCAGUCAAUCUCGCCGUCUGCCCGUGACUUGAUACAAAAGCUGCUUGAGAUUGACCCAAACAAGCGCUUAAGCGCUGAGCAAGCGUUGCAGCAUCCCUGGCUCCGAAAUCAUGCCCAACUUAGUUGUGAGCCAAUGAAAAAUUCAGCUGAGCUGCUCGAAAAGUUCCAGCGUGGACGUCGUCGAUUACGUGCGAGUAUCUUGGCCGUUCUGCUACUGGAUGCGAUGGCUGAUGAUUUGGAUGAGAAUGAGAAUCAAGAGCUAGAGAAUGUUAAACGCAGUUUUGCUUGGGGCCUUAGCUCAAGUGUUGAAGCCUUGACUGAAAAGACGCAUGCUUUGUUAUCCACGUUGCAUUUUUUUGACAAGGAAGGCAAGGGAUUUAUCUCGAAAAAGGAUCUUGCGCGUGUUAGUGAAAGUUUUGGGAAACACAUGAGUGACAAUGAGCUCAAUGAAAUGCUUGUGGGGGGUACUGGUGACCCAGAACAGAACGCAUCGUCUGUUAAUGCGGUCGACUAUGACAAUGUGAAAAUGACCAUCUCCACGUUGCGAUCCGCUACUUAUCGCCCAGGAGAGGCCAUUAUUCAAGAAGGUCAUGCUGGAGCCCACAAUGUGUACUUACUGCUUGAUGGAGAGGUCGAAGUUUCGUGUAGAAACCCAAUAAAGAAAUUGGUGCCCAUCGAUACGUCGGAUAAAGACCCUUCGAGUGAUUUUACAUACGACCAGUCUGAAGAUUUUGCUGGUCUACUGUCACGACCGUCGUGGCAAGGUUUCAUCAAAACGCAAUCUCCUUCGUCAGGACAGGAGGAAAUGAAGCUGAGACGGUUGCCAAAAGGAACAUAUUUUGGUGAGAUUGAGCUGGUACGACCGGACGGACGCUUUUUACCAAGAAUUGCAACCUAUCGAUGUGCUGAAGGAAGCGACAAACCGUGCAAAGUUUUGCAAGUUGUGGCAGAUGACUAUCUGAAUCUAAAAGGAACUUAUGAGUCGAUCAAUCAUCGCUUAGAAGAGACUGCGCAUCGUCAUAUUCAGCAACACUUAUUUAAAUGUUUAGAAGCUGCCAAGGGGUCGGUCAGAAUUCGCACAUUCAAUACCGGUGAUUAUAUCUAUAAGGAAGGUGAUCCUUGUGAUUCGGUUUAUAUUAUUGUCGACGGUCAGGUCGAAGUGCUGAAGCUAUUGAAGGGAGUUGUAGUGGAAGAGUUGCAUCCAGGUGACUACUUUCCAUUAGGUGUGUCGGGGCAGACGCAAGCAUCUAAGAUUGUGACUCGCAACUCGAGUGUGCGUUGUACUCAGCCUGUUAAAGUGGUGGAAAUUGGCGGAGAGACUUUUCGGAGUUUCUUAAGCAGUAAUAAGUUUCUGGCAGCUUAUUUUCGAGAAGAAGUCAUGGCGCGGGAGAAGAAGCGACUUAAGCGACUUUUGAAGGCAUAA